AUGGCGUUGUUUCUAUUUUUAGAACUACUUAAAGAUUUACCAGAAGCGACACAAUUUACUGAUAUUAUAUCACAAUAUAAUUGUCAUACUGACCUAAUAAAAGAACAACAUUCACAAAAACUGAUGUCAAUUCAUUUACAAUCAAAUACGUUUAUAUCUUCUCCUAAUUUUAUACAAACUGACAAUUCAUUAACUAAACCAAUAACUAUUAAUGAUGCAAUUCUUCUACAAUCUAUUUCACAAGGUUAUAAUCAAUGUUCUAAUACAUCAUUGAUGUCAGCCAAAGUAAAAGUUCAUCCUCAACAAUCAACAACUGUAACUCCAAUUAAUUAUACGUUAGAAACAAAUGCUUCUAUACAAUGUAAUACUUCACAAAUACAUAAUAAUUUAGUAUAUCAAAAAGAAUUUCUUCAAAAUGAUAUUACUAAAUCAAAACCAAUUGAAAUAAAAUGUCAACCACGUUCAAAAUUUCGUCCACGAACACAAAAUGAAAGUAAAACAUCAUCACAUUAUUUACGAUGUGAAGAUCAUGAUGAAUUAGAAUAUCCUGCAAUAUAUGUACCUCAAAUAUGGUCUAGUCAAUCCAAAGUCAAUAUUAUUGAAGUUGCUCUUAUGGAUAUUCAAAAACAACCACAUCCAUAUACUAUUGAUAAUAAAACUAGUAAUAAUUCAUUCGAAGAUCAAGCAUUAAUUUUCAAAGAAAAUAAAUCUAAUAUAUUAUAUUUUCGUUUAACCAAUAAAGAUUUUCUAAAUGGUUACAAAAUGUUUAUGAUUGAAUUAAUUAAAAGUAAACAAAAUAAUGUUAUUACAAAACAAUUAAUUCGAUCACGAAAACUUGAUCAAUCUAUGCUUUGUUUUACACGAAUUUAUCAAGAUGAAUAUGGUAACUAUCAACGUGAUGUUAACAGUGCAGUAUAUUCUACUAUAAUGACAGAAAGUUAUGGUGAUGUUGCUGUUGAAUAUGUAGGACCACGAUAUGGUCCAAUGAGUGGACAAUCAAUGAUAUUUAUUGUUCUUAAAGGACGUUUUAUUAAAAAUGAUUUAUCUAUUAUUAUUUUUGAAAAAACAACAAAAUGGUCUCAGAAAAUAAAAAAUUUUAUCUUAAAUGGUAAUGUUAUUUAUUUUCCAAUACCUGCAUUUCCAUAUCCACGUAUGAAUAAUAUAAAAGCAAAUAUUAAUAUGUAUUAUAAAAAUCAACAAUUUCAUGAAUCAACAUAUUUAUAUAUGAAUUCUUUAGAUCGUAUGUUUAUCUUGUUUUUAUGA